AUGCUCCUUGAUGCAUGUCCCAAAUUGAAUGCUGCUCUCCUUGAUGCUGCUGGCGAUGGCCGCCAAAGUGCGCCCUCUGGUAUGCCUUUGCACGGCAAGCUGAGGAAGUUCAGAAGCACCUGGACGGAGAAGUGCCCGAUUUCUGCCUGGGUGACCGACGAUCUCGAGAAGGGGCUCGGCAUGGCCCUCGACGCGCUGUGA